GCAGUCCCGGUCCCCGAGUCUGUUCUCUGUUUCGCUCUCCCUCCCAGUCUUCCCCCCAAGCCACCCGCGCAGGGGUUGGUCCGUUCGACGUCAUGGGGUGGCUGAGGCCCCCGCGGAUUGCGUUGCGGCCUUGUUGCGUCGCCUCUUGUUUCCGACUGCCGGGCUUACUGGCAUGGCAUCUGCCAACUGUACAAUCCCAACUCCUCAACAUCCCCUGGCAUCAUUGGAUACUCGCUCGAAUCCUCUUCCCCUCUUCAUUGGUGGCUGCAGCUGCGCAGACUGGCUCGCGUGCAACCAACAUGUUUCAAUGCGGAGAAUUCACGGAGACCAGCCACCUCAUCAUCCCCUCGGAUUUACGGCCCAGAGACCACACAGUCACCGAGGGGAAGAAACAAGACCCCAAAAAAAAAGGAAAAGAAAGAAACACGAGCAUGCCACCACCAUAACACCAUAACGGCUUCUCUAGCUAUAUCUAUCUAUUCUCCGAGCGCCUGAACCUUGACCCCUGGUAGCGUCUCGGCGACUUGGCGACUUGGCGACCGACCGGCGUGGCCUCCCUGGGAUUCGGCUUCAAAGAAGCUAUCCAGGCCCACGGGACUGGUUCAUCGGGAUCU